AUGACGCCUCUGCCGGUGGUGGUGGCGGCUGAGGCUUUGGUGGCCCCUGAGUCGACGGAGGGCGCGAACACGGUCGAAGACGCAGCCGAAGCCGAUCCCACUCUGUUCGAACUCGCUGAACUGCACGCGAUUGCCACCAUCGCCGCCGAAGGUUGCUACCUGACCCCCGAUGGUGGCUAUCCGACGGCUGCAGGCCCAGGCGAUCUUGCGAAGAUCAGUUUAACCUUCCAAGCCACGGCGCCACGCAGCGGCAGCAAAUACGCGGGGGCGUAUACGAAGUCGUUUGGCGCUGUUCGUCAGAUUAUCAACUUGGCGCGGACUCCGGGUUUUGCUUACAAGGGUACCCUGGACGGAAAGAACGCCCGGCCUGGAUUCAAACUCCAACAUGCUCCUUUCCGUAUCCCCGACCCCAAUGACGAAGACGAUAAGGGCUCGUACGAACUAAACGAAUGGCCUGUCAAAUCCGUACUGGCGCGUGAGGAGAUCCAGAGGAUGGAGGGCAAGUAUGUCGUUGAUCGUUUGUGUGCGUACGACUUCGACGGAAGGAUCAUUGCGCCGGAAGAGUACAUGAAGAAACUCCCGGGAGCCUCAGUCGCGAUCACUUUCAACAUGAUUCACUACGCUUUCACCAACCAGAAGGAAGACACUUUCAUGGCGGAUGUCGUCAAGAUUCGCGUCAUUGAGUCACAGAUUGCGCCGCCCCCCAGCCCUAAGAAACGUCGCCCGACCGUGCCUGAGAUGGACGAGAGCCCAAAGAAGAAGAAAACUAGGGCAUCGGCCGCUUAGUGAUCGGACUCGGAUUGUAUUUCAAUUGUUCGCCACUGUAUUGUACUCGUUCAUGAUUAUAUGACUUUAGUAUCCAGUAGCAAGGCACAAUGUCGGCGAAGCCGACGCUUUCUAGUCUCAAGUAACGAAGUCCAAGAGGCCAUCAACACAGACCAGAUCUCAAUUCAAUCAUGAUGGAUUGUUCUCGCCGUUGAUUGACGUGACGCUCGGUGACGACUUGCAGACUGCCAAGUAUCAAGCUUUUAGGUCCAGCACAACAGAGCAUUCUUGACGAGGAUACAGCAAAUACAUCCGAGAGACACAGAGCAUUACAGGAAGCACAAGAGAAGCACAACAGCACAGACGAAGAAGUUCCUUUCAUUCAGCAAGAUCCACAGCAGGCGCAAGCGAUAUCUUGACUUUCUUCUUCGGGCGGGGCUCGUCGUCAGAGUGCAGUCGCUUGCUGGGUCGUAUUUGCGUCUCAGCUUGCGUUUCAGCUUGCGUCUGCGAUUCGUCGAACGUCUCCAUUCGUGGCAACGAGGUCGGCAGCGGCCGGUGCGAUUUCACAUUCGCUUUCUGCGAGCCUGCCAUCAGCCAAGGACUCGAAGCAUAGCAUCACCCCAUCCUCACCGUCUUCGGUACAUCCAACAGCCGGCUUUCUACGCGAGGAUCUGGAUUGAAGUAGUCGUUGUAUGCGGGACUUGAGAGACAGGCGCGAUUGAAGGUAUAUUUCGUCUUUUGCACGUUCUUGCGUGGUUUGGCUUUCGCCUUGGACUUGCUCUUGCCUGGUUUCGCUUCCGCAAACCCGAUGUCGUUGACCUCCAUCAACAAUUCCUGGAUGAAACCCUCAUUCUCGAGGCGCUUGAACAGCUGGCGUGCAAGAACGUUGUUGCAACCUGUUGGGUAUCAGAAUGCCCGGCGCUGGAUGUCAGCAAUCCUGACCUAGGCGCUUCGCGAAAUCAAGCACGACUUCUGGAUUCCUGCACAACACACCUGAACAGUGCAAGAUCCUUGAACUUGGACAACAUUUGAGGAUACAGAUCAAGCUGAAUCAACUCCCACGAAUUAUCGGCCCGAGCACGACAAUCGAAGCAAGUGAAGUCUUCCGGGAUACGGCUGUCUGCGGGGGAAUGGAAUCUGGGAGGAGCAUCGUCUCAAUUGUGUUCCGCAUUCUAUAGGAAAUGGCUCUCACCCCAUGCACCACACGUGGUAUCGUCUACUACAGUCGCCGCACAAGCAGGUGUCCCCAUCCAUCUGGAUGCAGAUUACUCACGAAACAUCGCUCAAAAGACUGCUCACAUCGACAUCACAUUCACAUCGCAUGCCACGAUCCACGACGUCCCUCUUCUUCUUGGCAGGCUUCGGCGUGGGCAGGUCUUCCUCGAUCUGGUCCUCUUCGAUCUGGUCGACCAUCGAGCUGUCGAUGGACUGCAGCGACUGAAUCGGAUCCAUGUCCUCCACGACUUGCGUCUCCAUGUCUGUUUCACGAUAGGAAUCUUUCGUCAACGGAAGAGCGUCACACGCACCAAGCAUUUCACUGUCCUCCGCAAAUGCCUGGUUGUUGAGAACGAGAUCUUGCAACACCUGCGUGUCGAUCUCUGUUUCCGUCGUCAUAAUACUGGAAGCCGGCAACGAUGGCUGGAGCCCGCUGCCGAGUUGAUUGAUAUCCAGGGUCUGCGUCUGGUCCAUGUCCACAUCGGCAAGCUUGUUCUGUGCAUUCUGCAUAGGAGCAUUUCAGCGCGUAGACCAUCGGAAUGGAUCAGCCCACGCACCAGUUCUUCCAGCCGCGUCGGGACAGUCUGAGUGGCGCCCCCAAAAUGGGCUUCUUCCGCCUCCAUAGCCGGCACUGGUGCGAUAGCACCGUCAUCCUUUCUAAUGCCGACGGGCACAUAUUCACCGUCCCCUUUGACGACAUCCUCCGACAGUACCGGCGUGUUGUUACCGAUUCCCUCGACCGAUGCGUCAGCCGACCAGACGAUGUUGCGGGUUUCAGCAUCGGUUGUUUGCUUCUCAGCCUGAUCGGCCCGGAACGCAGCCUCCUCAGCAGGAGUCAUUGCAGGUCCCGAGAGGCCUCGAGUCGUCGUGCCGGUGAAAGUCGCGUUGUCAUUCUCUGUGCAGGACGGGAGGUAUGUUGCGAUGGAGGCGACGCUUAGGUUGAUGCUGUCCAAGGGGUGAGUGGAAUCGCAGCCUGUAAUCAGAGUACGGGCACACCUAUGAUGUCCGGUGUCAAGCUGCCCCACAUUCCAUCGAUCGGGGACCUCGUCGAGAUCAUGUGUCAUGAAAUACCACUUGUCCUUGUCGGCAUCUCCGCUCUUGAAAUGAGGAGGCUCGUAAUCGGAUGGUGUUUCAUCCGUGUAGAACAGCUUGAAGGCGGCGAAACGACGCUCUGAACAUCAUUCAACGAUCCGACUGAGGACCAAUGCGGCAGAUACACCCACUCGGGAGGACGUCCAUCUGGGUCGUUGAGUGGAUGAGCGUUUUCAGCACGGUCUUGACACUCUUCUUCACGUCCUUUAGGGUUGGCGCCUUGCCCUGCUGUGCCGCUUGGACGACCGGAUCUUUGAGCGACAUCUUGUCCAGCGUUUCGCCGAGGCUCAUGAUCGGCACCAUGGUAUUAGUUCCGGGAAGUUUGUGGUACUGCGUUUCACUAAAUAAGUUGCUGAGUUUAGCAAGAUGGCACGCACCUGGAAGUUGAAGGUAUAGGCUUCCACGAUGCUGCUUGCGGUGAUUAGCAAGGGCAAAUGAAUGCGAAUGGAACGCACUUGUUUGGAUCCUUCUCAUCCUGAAGGAGAUGAGGAAUCGGAACAGGAUGUAUGCGCGUCGCUUACCAGGUAUAUAGCGAAAAUGAAACUUCGAAGGUAC